UAUGUCCUACUAUGAUGGCGAUCCAAAUCUGUCAGCUGCGCCAAAAGUCGUCCUGCCAACAGGCUCAGACUACAUAAAAUCAACAGCGAAAGAAGAAGCCGGCUCCAAAGCACCUCCAACUCCAUUAGGACCACCAGCAGCAGCUCUUCCAGAACGGCCAAAACUUCCAGAGAUGGAGAUUCCAGACUCGUUAAUGCUUUCUCCAGCAGCGAUGGCAAAACGACAGGAGUCACAAGAAGCCCAUACAGCGUCUAGUGAAAGUGAAGGGAAGGGAGGCUCUUUUAGCAACCUCAGUUUAAGGCCCCCACCUUCAAUGAUGUCCAACCGCGAGGGAGCUACUGCUGGCAUUAACCCGAGUGAGACAAGAUCAAGGAAUACUACAAUGAGCAAAUCUGCAAGUUCGGCAGUCUUCAAUCGAAUUGACCUCUGCGAAUUUAUCCGCCGCCAUCUAGUCCGAGGUCGCAAAGGCUAUCGAUACAAAUUUGGGCAACUCCAGCAGCUCGUCGAUCGUGCAGUUGAUUCUCUUCAACAACAGCCGACGCUAAUUGAAACAACAGGGCCAAUCCAUGUUUGUGGCGAUUUGCAUGGGCAAUACACAGAUCUCUUGAGGAUUUUUCAUUCUUGUGGACCUCCACACCGAACGCGUUAUUUGUUUCUUGGCGACUUUGUUGAUAGAGGUGGAAAUUCGUUGGAGAUCAUUUGCCUGCUGCUCGCUUGUAAAAUUCAGUAUCCCAAGCACAUUUUUCUGCUACGUGGGAAUCACGAAUUACAUCAUAUCAACAAAGUUUAUGGCUUCUAUGAUGAGUUGGUACGUCGUUUUGGAGCGGAACAGGCUGAACAGUUGUGGAAUGACUUUAACGAUGCUUUUGCCUAUUUGCCUUUGGCUGCUCUGAUUGGAGGGAAAAUCCUGUGCAUGCAUGGUGGCAUUUCCCCUCAUCUAAAAUCACUGAACGACAUCCGAUCAAUGAAGCGGCCAAUUGCUAUGGUUAUCUCGCCUGGAUUGGUACAGGAUUUGCUUUGGGCAGAUCCAAAUACGGAAAAACCUAAACCGCCUGAUUGGGAACCCAAUCCCUACAGAAAUUGCUCUGUUAUGUUCGGCCCUGAUGCAGUUAGACAAAUGUGCAAAACUCUUGGCGUUCAUAUGAUUAUGCGAGCGCAUCAGGCUGCUCAAUAUGGAUAUUCAACCUUCGCAAACAACCAACUAAUCACUGUAUUCUCAGCAGUUCGAUAUAAUCCAGAAACUAACAAUUGGGGUGCUGUUGCUAAAAUUAGUCCGGAUUUGGAAGUUUCCUUUGCUCUAUUCAAACCAAAGGAAUUCAAAGAACCCCAGGCUAACAAUAAGCAGUAA